AAUGCGUUCGGCCUUGUAACAUCCGUUAGGGGAGCAUCAGGCAGGAUUCUUCCCACGACUUUAAGGUAGUGAUGUUUCCUCUUCCUCCACAGCCCAGGCCUGCAUCCCUCCUUGCGGUCUCCAGGAGUUCGCCCGGCGUUUCCUCUGCAGCGGGUGCUACUCCAGGGUCUGCGACCUCCCGCUGGACUGCCCAGGAUGUGACAGUGAUUCGGGGCGACCAAGCUAUGUUUUCUUGCAUCGUGAACUUCCCGCUGCCAAAGGAGGAGAUCACCUAUUCCUGGAAGUUCGCAGGAGGAGGUCUCCGGACUCAGGACUUGUCCUAUUUCCGAGAUAUGCCGCGGGCCGAAGGAUACCUGGCGCGGAUCCGUCCGGCGCAGCUUACGCACCGCGGCACGUUCUCCUGCGUGAUCAAGCAAGACCAGCGCCCCCUGGCCCGGCUCUACUUCUUUCUUAACGUGACGGGCCCGCCCCCGCGGGCGGAGACGGAGUUGCAGGCCUCGUUCCGGGAAGUGCUGCGCUGGGCGCCGCGGGACGCCGAGCUGAUCGAGCCCUGGAGGCCCAGCCUGGGCGAGCUGCUGGUCAGGCCCGAGGCUCUGACGCCCAGCAACCUGUUCCUGCUUGCAGCCCUCGGGGCCCUCGCAUCAGCGAGUGCGACCGUGUUGGCGUGGUGUGUCCUCGGUACCCCGGCGCCCCAGCAUCUAGCUCCCCGCUCUCUCAGAUCCCACCGAGAAAUCUGGGUUCCCACCAACCUCCAACCCAGGAGGUCGGGCUCUCAGUCCCUUCCCUCUCAGACCCACGAGUCCAGGUCCCAGCCCCUCCUUACUCAGCCCAGGAAUCUCAAGUCCCCAGCUCGCACCUCCCUUAGAUCUAAGAAUCCAGGUCCCCAGCCCUUCCUCCCUCGGACCCAGGAGUCCAGGCCUCCACACCUCUCCUCACUCAGACCCAGGAGUCCAGGGCCUUAGCCCCUACUCCCUCAGAUCCAAGAGUCCAGGCACCCAGGUUCCUCCUCCCUGAGACCCAGAAGCCCAGGCCCCAGCCCCUCCUCCCUCAGACCCAGGAGUCCAGGCCCUUGUCCACCUUUUCGACCCUGGUGUCCAGGCCUCCAGGACUUAAGUUUCUAGUCCCCAACCCCUCCUGUAACACACAUACCUCUUUGUUUCCCCAGGAUAUUCUUUCGAUGGUACUGCAGUGGCGACUAACAAAGGGAUCUCUUUCCUCCUUCCCUAUCCUAUUUCCAUUGUGAAAAUAAAGAAUAUAUUUCAACUCUGGAUUGUUUCAUUUCUGAAGGUGGUCACUACUAAGUCAGGUUGGAGGUGCAGCAAGCCCACACAUGCCCAGAUGAAUAUGGCCCGCAUAAUGACAGUUAGGCAUAGCUACCGCAGUGCAAGUUAGAUGGGAACCCAGAUACCCCCUCAGGUUACUGGCUGUCUCCUUGACAUUUCCACCUGCAGAAGGCACCCCAAUAGAGUCUUCCAUUUUGCCUUCAGAGGCUGUUCCUCCCCAAGGCUUUCCUCCUACCAGAAAGAGCAGCACCAUCCACCUAGCAGUUCACACCAGAAACCUUGGAAUCUGACUCCUCCUCCACUUCCAAUUCAUUUUCAUUUCCAACUCUCAGACUUUUCAACUCCUAAAUAUCUCGUGAAGCUGCCUUCUCUAUGGUCCCAGUCAC